AUUUAAAGCACAGUACCUGAACAGGGAGGUUAUUUUUUAUUUUUCAAAAGGGCAGGGAUUACACCACCAUCAGGAACAUCUUCAUCAGCAGCUCUGCAGACGAUCCCUGCUUCUUGAAUUUGCUGGACACUGGUGAGAAUUGAAAGGAAGGACUGAAAUAACUGAUACAAACACAUUUUAGAUGGAGAAAAAAACCCCAGCAACACUGGAGUAAGGCCUUCAGACACCACAGCAAACAGAUUUCAGACACACAAAAGGACAUUUUAUUUUGGGGAACAGUGUAAUACUUACUAGUUAAAAAGUGGUAAGGCCUCACAGGCUGAGUGACCAUAUCUUGAUACAUUUCUACUGUUAUCCAUUUAAUAUCCAGGUAUUAUCAAAACAAUGGCUUGCAUGCUGUCGAUGGUAGUACUGCUGUUAGCAGUGGAGGUGACACACAGCCUACCCAUGGAGAGGUUCCAGCAGCUGGGCUGGCAGAGGCUGCUGGAGGAUGUAGAGGAGUGUUCCGAGUGCCAUCCUGAGCUUUGUAAUUCCCCUCAGCGCUGCCCAGCUGGCCGGGUGAAGGACCUCUGCAGGUGCUGCUGGGAGUGCGGCAAUGCAGAGGGGCAGCUCUGUGACCUGGAUGCCUCCAGCAACUUCUAUGGGAUCUGCGGCAAGGACCUGGUGUGCGAGAUCCAGGAUGAGGACCUGAACUCAGGGGAGAUCCCAGAGCCCCAGUGUGUCUGCACCAGCCAGGAGGUCCUCUGCGGGUCAGAUGGGAAGACCUACGAAAACAUCUGCAAAUUCAGAGAGCGCAUGUUCCAGCACAGGCAGAAAGAAGAACUUACUGCUGCACACCAAGGUCCCUGCAAAACAGCACCAUUUAUUGCCACUCCACCACGUGAUAUCAUAAACGUGGAAGGAAGUGACAUAAUCUUCGGUUGUGAGGUGUCAUCGUAUCCAAUGGCGAUUGUGGAGUGGCGGAAGGAGGGAAACAGCAUUUUCUUACCUGCUGAUGAUUCCCAUAUGGCAGUGCAGGCCAGAGGAGGACCUCAGCGCUUUGAGCUCACCGGCUGGCUGCAGAUACAACGGGUGCGAAAGGAGGAUCAGGGGAUGUACACCUGCUAUGCCAAAAACCAGUUUGGAGAAGCCUCUGCCUCUGCAAGACUCCAGGUUAUCAACCCAGAUUCCCCGCUGGCAAGUAAAGUGAAAUCUUUCAAAACUGGAGUUUAUGACAUCACAGAUGACGAAGAAGACAUUGAGUAUGGAGGAAGUGGCUAUUCAUAUUAAAAAAAAAAGUUCAGUUUAUUUGGAAACAUUAAAGAUAUGAGUAGAAUGUUUGAAUUUAGUGAGUGCUGGAGUCUACCUUUUCCCCUGUGUUGUAAAUAAUGAUUAGCCAGUAUCGUCUUAACCACCCACAGAAACCUUGUGGCAGUCAUUAUAAUGACAUUAAAACCUGUGUUUGCCGAAUUAAUGUAUGCAUAUAAAAAUGUUGGGGAUCUUUCAACACACCUCAGUUUAGUUAGGUACUACUACAUGUCUAACCAUUCCCUAAGCCACCCAUUAAGUAUGUUCUUCAUUUGCUUCGAUGUAACUCAAACAGUUAUUUUGAGUAUAUUAUCUAUUGCUUAGUAAAUGAAGGACUAUCUUGGCAAAGUAGAGUUUAAUCACACUAUUUGUGAAUGUAAGUUUUACUUUUUUCAUUGUGUGAAUUUGGACCCAGAUGGUAAUUUGUAUUAGAUGAAUUAGGCACAUCAGUACUGCUGUUAAUGGAGCUUGUGGCUCUUUCAGUCCAUUCCAAUCCAGAAACUUGUUCCGACCAGGUUCUCUAUUCAAUUGUACCCCAUUGGUAAGGCUGUUUCCUGUGCUACAGUCUGUCUAAAUCUCUUUGUAUACAUCUGAAUCACACCCUGCAGAGCUGUACCCCAUCCCAACUUUAUAAUGUAAAUAAAACAUAAAUAGUU